AACUGCUUUCGACUUCGACCCCUGCUUUCUGCCUUCCGUUUCUCUCCUCCUCUCCCGUGGCUUCCUCUAUCGGCAACCGUGAUAUCUUUGGCUCUCAUUCUCAAGCUUAUCAAGAUCCUUCUCAUCUCCGACAAGAUCCUGUUGGUUGCUCAUUGUUGAGUUGUAUUACUAGCAAUUGCAGAGGAAAGCUCUUGCAGUCACCAAUAGCAGUUCAGAGGAAAGUGGUUACAGUCACCAACUGACCAAAUAGCAGUUCAGCAUCAAUUUUUUUCACUUUCAGGAUGGUCUGUAUCAAAGACUUAGUUCCAGCUGCCUCCAACAACAUAAAUACACAAUUUAUAUUGUUGGACAAAGGAAUGCCCACUAUAGAAGGCCCUGAAAGGGUUUGCCUAGCACUUGUUGCUGAUGAAACUGCUGCAGUCCACUUCCAGUUCUGGGGUGGAGAAUGUGAUGCUUUUGAGAAAGGCGAUAUCAUUCGUCUCAGUAACGGGAUCUUUUCCUUCCAUAAGGGCAAGCUUUUGCUCAGAGCUGGUAAAAGGGGAAAAAUUGAGAAAAUUGGGGAGUUUACCAUGCUCUUCGUUGAAACCCCAAAUCUCAGUGAGAUCACUUGGAGCCCUGAUCUUGCUGAUCGUACCAGAUAUGUUCAAGGGGCCAUACUGUCACCACACUCACGGUUGUUUCCUCCUCUACCUUGAAUGCUUAUGUUUUAGAGUUACUUCAAAUGCAAGUUCCCCAUGUACAUAAGUGGCAAGUCAUAUCUGUUAAUUACAUACUUUGAGUUGUGUUCGUUA